AUGUCUUAUCCUGGUAUGAAUGUGUUGUGUCUGCCGGACGGCUCGUUCAGCAUAGACCCCAGCUUCAGCUACUGGCAGAUGUCUGGCUUUUUCCAGAUCACGCUACCGGUUGGGCAGCACUUUACCUUCACUGAGGCCAAGGUCAUUGACAUCAUCUGGGAUCUGGUAAGCCAGUCAAACCGGUUCUACUCAUUCGGUCUAAAUCCGUUGACGAAAAGCAAAGUCUACCUGGGAGUGUCAAAGAGAUUUAUGUUUUCUCCUUGCUGGGAUAACACGGGGGUGCCGGGGUGUCGUAUCUUGGAGUCCGUCGCCGCAUAUACUAAGGCAUACGGGUUUCUUGCCCUCGAUGCCACUGGUAACCUAAACAAGAUCAAGACGACGUGGACGGACCGAGUCAUUGAAAAGCCAGCCCUCAACAUUUCUGCUUUCUAUAUACCUUCGUACCCAUACUACGGAAACAACUGGGUCGAUCCUCGAACAAACAAAACCCCAUACGCCACCUAUGCCAACCAAGCUUUCAUGACGCCUACGGGCAAUAGGACAUACAAUUUCUCCCGCAUUCAGGAGGGAGGCAGCUGCCAAGCCAUUGAUAAUAACACAUACCAAUGGGGUUUCUCGUUCGUGCAACUGUUCAUCGUCAUGUCACUCUUGUUACUCUGGUAUGUCGCGGUGUACACGAUGUGGCUACGGGGCCAUCUCGACUUGAAGCGGCGGCAAGGGGACGAAGCGCCCGCCCGGUACCAAGCCGUACUCGACCUGGCCGAGGCCCUCAAUCACGAACUUGCCGGCGUCGACGAGGCUCCCAAGGUCUUGACCAACCGACAGCUGGACCGCUGCAUCUCGAAACAGCUGAAUGGGGGCAGGGUUGUCGUGCAAACCCGGCCACCCCUAGGGAAGGAGUACAAACUCCUGAAGGGCGCGUGGAGCUGGAUCAAGAGGGAGAAGUGGUGCCUUGCACUGGCCGUGUUGGCCUCUCUCGUCCAGGCUAUGGCACCGUGGGUUCUACCGCUUGCUUUGUUUGCGCCUUUCUCUCUUAGUGUGAUCCUGGCACUCGUCAUCGGGCGAACUAGGAAGAGUCGGGAGUUGAUUGGCAUCCUUGGUCUGAUUCUUUCCCUAAUCCUCAUGGCGAGCGUUGGCCCAGUGCUACCGGCUCGGGCUUGGGGUGGUAGCUAG